GUCAUGUUUGCGUCCGGUGUGGUUUAUAAGACAAGCUUUUGGCCAUGCUCUUUUCUCUGUUCCUGGCAGAAACAGGGGUUGAGUCACACAAGACUGAGUAUGGACGACAAUGUGCAGGAUAUUCAGGAUGCGCAGGGCAAACAGGACUACAGCUCAAUGCCCUGCCUGGCCUGUAGAGGGCGUACUCAUCUCUUAACAGAUCCUCAGGGCAGCGGGGAAGACCUUGCUGGAGUAUCUGGCUUUGGUUGCGGAACGGGGGCAGGGGAGGUGGCGGAGCGAGCGCAGAGGGGCGUGGCUAAAGGCAGGGAUGAUGCAGUGGCAGGUGACGGCGAGCUAAAACUGCACUCCUGUGAGCUGUGUGGCUUUUCCACGCGCUACGCUAACCACGUGAAGCGGCACAUGAAGACGCACAGUGGCGAGAGGCCCUAUCGCUGCCCGCUGUGCGCUUACGCCUCCGGCCAGCUGGUCAACCUGCAACGACACGUGCGCGUGCACACGGGCGAGAAGCCCUACCAGUGCCGGCUCUGCGCUUUUGCCUGCAGUUCCCUGGGCAACCUCAAGAGGCACCAGCGCAUGCACACGCUGGGCAGACAUGGCCGUCAUCCCGGCGGGAACCAGGCGAGGCUAAUGGCUGGUCAGCGAUCAGGAAAAGCCCCCCCGGGGGAUCUAGACACUGUGGCAGCAAAUAGGGCGGCGCAUGUGAGCGGCGAUGGUAGCUACAGCGCUGCCAGUCCAGCCUGCGAGUCGGGGAGCCCCCCGGACACGGAAAAGCCAGCGAAGGGGGCGGGGGAAGCAGCAGGGGGUGGGGAGGGCGGCCUUCCCGGGCCGCCAUUUUCACAGGCCUGCAGACUGUGCGGCCGGGACACGACCGAGCGAGGGAGCUCGUGCGGCCGCAUCUGUGGGAGGUGCAUGCUGGACGUGCUGUCCAAGGAGCUCCCCAGGGUCCUUGGCGGCGGCGGGGAAAAGGCAUACCCAUGCGCCGUGUGCCCCUUCGUCACCCACUACCCCAACCACCUGGUACGGCACAUGAAGACUCACAGUGGAGAAAAGCCCUACCGCUGCCCCGAGUGCGACUACGCUUCCGCCCACCUGGACAACCUGAAGCGGCACCACCGCGUGCACACGGGCGAGAAGCCCUACCGCUGCCAGCUGUGCGACUACGCCUGCGGCAACCUGGCCAACCUGCGACGGCACCAGCGCGUGCACUCGGGCGCCAAGCCCUUCCAGUGCACCGUCUGCAACUACAGCUGCAACCAGAGCAUGAACCUGAAGCGCCACAUGCUCCGGCACACUGGCUGCAAGCCCUUCUGCUGCCCCGAGUGCCCCUACGCCACCGGCCACUGGGACAACUACAAGCGACACCAGAGGAAGCACGGCCGCCCUGCCGGGGGCUGGCUCAGGGUGCGGCUGCCCAACGAUGGGGGAGGAGAGGAGGAGGAGGAGGAGGGGGCGGAGGAAGAGGCGCAGCUGGAUCAGCUGGAGUAGCUGGGGAAGUGGAUGGACGACACACCAUUGAUAUGUCACCAAGCAACAGCAGUGAAGAAUUAGGGCUGAUUUAUACUUGCCGCUCACAACGCAUAGAAGUACGCAGCAUGGCUGCCACGCAUUUCCUGCGUUCAUUCUACGAGUCCUAGGUGCCCCUACGCAAGGAGUUAACGUGACGCUUACGCAAGAUGCAGUACCACCAAAAAUGGGGGGCAGUGCGGUCACCUUUUGUCACGGGACUAUGUGUUCAUAUACGGUAGUUAGUAUUAAAUUAACAUUAGAUUUUUUUAAGAAUGAGUGGCCGUAAGAACUGUAUAUUUUCAGAGCCAAGAUAGAAAAUGUUGCGAGCACUCUUUUGAGCGUCUUCAAAAUUUAAUGGCAGUUUAAGUUUCUAAGAAAGCAGUAGCAUGUGAACGAAGUGCAAUGAAACUCCAACUUGAAAUUCUGACUUGUCUACUUUCAUAAGCAACAUUAUUUUCCAAUACAGUUCCGGUAUUUAUAAAUCUGGGUUAUAGAAUUCGCCGAGAGGGUGGGGUUCACGUUCCACUAAAGCAUUUAUAUUGUUAUAGGAAACUAAACUUAGCAAGCUGUGCAUUUUUAAUGACCGCUCCUUUUCAGAAUAAUCUAGUAUAUAUUUAACAUUAGUUUACCGCCGCUACUUUUGCAUGAACUCUGCAUGCGCUCUUCAAGUCAUUCCAAAUCAUUGUCAUCCUUGCUGUU